AUGGGUACUGUGAUGAAAAGUACGAAGAUAACGAAUAGUGCUGGAUCUCAGCAAAUCUAUGAACAAGAUAACUAUGGAGUCGUGUGUGUCAUCAAUAUACCCUUUCUCUUACUUGUGAUGGCUAUUAUACAUGUCCAUGCAACAGAAAACUUCUGUCCUCACAGUAACAAUAGUUUAAAUAACAUCAAUCAAACAUCUUUGCCCGAUUUUCUUUGGAAAAAUGAAAGCUUUCUUCUUGAUGUAUCGUCCAAUCCCUUUGAUUGUGGAUGUCAACUUGAAUGGUUCAGAGAAUGGAUAGAAAACAACAAAGACCGAGUGAUCGGAUAUCCAAAGAAAUAUAUUUGCGAAUCCCCAUUGGAAUUGAAAGGAAGGAGCCUAUCCGAAUUUGAUCCAGCUUCGGAAUGUCACAAAUUAAAUCCGUAUAUCAUACUAGCAUCCAUUUCCUGCGGACUUCUCUCAAUUCUUAUUUUCACUACAUUUCUCUUAAGGAAAUUUCGCUGGGAUAUCAAAUAUUACAUUUACAUUUGCAGAAAUAGAAAACCUACGGGUUAUAAAAGAUUUACCGACGACGAAGAAUUUUUAUAUGAUGCUUUCAUUGCGUAUAACACGAACGACAGAAAAUGGAUAAUGUCUGAACUUGUUCAAAUGCUAGAAAGAAAUCACAAAUAUAAGCUGUGUUUGCACGAGCGAGACAUCAUUCCAGGUGGGGUGUAUGUGGAGGACAUCGUGGAGAGCAUUGACAUGAGCAGGAAAUUAAUCCUAGUCCUCUCAAAUCACUUUAUGGACGAUCAAUGGUGUAAAUAUGAAACGGCUCUCGCGAGUCACACUCUGGCAGACGGUGACAGUCACAAGCUUUUCCUGAUUCUUUUGCAGGAUAUUCGUUCUGAACACAUGAACGGCUCCUUGAAAGUGCUUCUUAACUCAACCUCACAUGCUAGGUGGACGGAAGAGAAAACUGAACAGAGAAAAUUCUGGCAAACUGUCAAGCAAUUCAUGAACUGAAAUUCUAAACGAUUAUACAAACUUUUGAAUCUUCUCUUUUUCCUCUUUUUUUUUAAUUUUUGUUUCCAUACAGUAGUUAAGUUGCUUAUUCAUUACACUGUUUUUUUUUAAA